CUUGUUGCUGAGAAACACCAGAGCCGGUCAUAUUGGGAGGGGGAAAUAUAAUAACGCGAGGGACAGUAAUGAGUGGAUCUGGACUCAGCUGGUUGUGGUAGCAGGUGGAGGAUGAGGCUGUUUGUUGAGUGAUUGGAGCAGCAGGUGUUUCUGUUCAGCUUUGAACCACCACAGGAGAAUGGAAGUGAGGUUUAAAGACCAAAUGAAACCAGGUAUGGAGGAGUUAACAAUAUGGGAGCAGCAUACAAUAACACUAAACAAAGACCCCAGACUUGGCUUUGGGUUUGCCUUGUCUGGAGGUAAAGACAAGCCUCAACUAGAUGGGGAUACAGCUGUGAUGGUGUCAGAUGUUCUGCCAAAUGGACCGGCCAUGGGUCGACUUUUCAACAAAGACCAAAUUGUCAUGGUCAAUGGAGUUAAUAUGGAGAACGCUCAUUCAAACUACACUAUUCAGAUCCUCAAGACCUGUGGCAAGAUAGCAAACAUAACAGUAAAACGACCCAGGAAGAUUCAGAUCCCGGCCACCUCCAGACCAACUCGGGCAGCCUCCCACUCCAACCUGCUGGAUCAGGAGCCUCCCAGGCGAACAAGACGCUUCUCCGACGGCAGCGACCAACGCGAUGCAACCCGCUACAAUGCCCAAAGCUCCUCGCCUGACCGGAACGGGUACGGAAACUCGCUGUCAAUGUUGUCGUCAGGGUACAAGCGGCUGCCGCAGAACUCCACUCCAGACAGACCCGUUAAAACCACUCUGGUUAAAAAGAAAGUCACAGAUGAGUAUGGACUGAAGCUGGGCAGUCAGAUCUUCAUAAAGCACAUGUCAGAAACUGGCCUUGCUGCACGGGAAGGGACGCUGCAGGAGGGAGACCUCAUCCUAAAGAUCAACGGUAUGACAACAGAGAAUCUAUCCCUUCUGGAGACAAAGCACCUGGUGGAGAAGAGCAGGGGCAAACUGACCAUGACUGUCCUCAGAGAUGACCGCAAGUUCCUGGUCAGCAUUCCUGAGGUGGAGGACAGCGCCCCGAACAGUGAAAACGACCAGCGCAGAGACAGCAGUUCAGAGCUGGAGGACAUAUCAGACAUCGAGGAGGACAUCACCCCUCGCAGAACAUCACGACAACACACAAGAGAGAAACGGACUCGCAGAACCAGAGCUGAACCAUCUCCACGGGCCAAGUCUCGGGACUCAUCACCUGUGCGCUCCUCGUUGGCUCGUCCUGCUAUAAAAACCUACGCUCCUCGCAGAGUGCCAUCUGAAUCUGAUACUGACCAGAGUGCUACCCCUCCCCCUCCAGUCAGGAGAAGCAGUGCAGAGACAAAAGACCCCUCCAAAUACAAAUAUCUGUCAGGAGUGUCCACCCUCCCAAACCCCCGAUCUUCUCCUGUUCAUCCCACCUGGACCACGUCUCGACCCUCCUCUGCCUCACGCCCCCGCAAGCCUGUGUCAGAGUCUGACUCUGACCACAGCGUGUCUCCUCCCCUGCGCAGAGAAAGCCCCCACGUAGACAACAGAUACAAGUCUCUUUCUGAUCUUCCCCCUGCUGAUCUGGGAUCUACCCCCAUUCCUAUUCGGCAGGAGCCAUUAAGGAGGGUCAACUCGCCUGUUAGAAUCCCACCCCCAGAUUCUGAGUCGGACAGUGACUCUGCACCUCCUAGAAGGCUCAGUUCUUCGUAUGGCCUGGACACCAGAUACAGAGACCUGCCGGAGGUUACUGUGGAGCCUCAGGUGGAGCCGCCUCGAUGGACAGCCACCAGCAGCCUCCCACAGAAAGCUCAUUCUGAUGCUGAGUCAGAGGCCAGUUAUGCAUCUGUACCCCCCAAGAGCUCAACUGAGAGUGAAAACUCUCACACAGGCAACAAAGGCAAUGACAAACCCAAAAUUGUUGCUAAGAAAUCCACUGCAGUGGUCAAGCAGGAUCCUCCACGUCAUGUCAAAUCACCCAGCAGGCCCCGUCCUGAUGAUUCCUCAGAGUCUGAUGAGCUUUCACAUCUCAGGAGGUCUGGCAGCUCUGAGCGAGAGGAUGACCAUCGCCGCAGCGCUCCUCGUGCUACCAAUGGGAGCCGUGCUGUCCGCUCUGGGAUUUCCGUGAAGAACAAUCCAGCACUUCACUCCAAACCUGUGGAAGAGCCCCUCUAUUUCCUACCUCCAGACUCUUACCCAUCUUCUAAUCUGGGGUACAGCUCGGAUGUGCACACAGUGAGGUUUGUUAAACAGCAAAGUUUGGGUCUUAGACUCGUGGGAGGCAAUGAUGUUGGGAUCUUUGUAGGUGGAGUUCAGCCAAACAGCCCUGCAUAUGAGCAAGGGAUGAAGGAGGGAGACCAGAUCUUGCAGGUAAAUACUGUAGAUUUUGGGCAUUUUACACGAGAAGAAGCUGCCAACUUCCUCCUGAAGAUCCCACCGGGAGAGCGUGUAGAAAUCUGCACUCAGACAAAGAUGGACCUUUAUAAGAAGAUCAUCAAGUCUAACUUGGGGGACAACUUCUACAUCCGCACCCACUUUGACCAUGAAGUCACUGAUCCCAAAGGUCUGAGCUUCACCAGAGGAGAGGUGUUCAGGGUCGUGGAUACGAUGUACCGUGGAAAGAUAGGCAACUGGCUCGCCAUCCGCAUGGGGAACGACCUACACGAGAUGGAUAAAGGAAUAAUGCCCAACCAGGACAAAGCAGAGAAACUGGCCACCAUCGAGCGGACUCAGCGGUCCACUGGAGAACGGACCACUGGAGAAAAGCAGGUUUCAGGGCCGAGAGCAGAGUUUUGGAAACUGCGAGGGCUUCGGGGAAAUAAAAAGAAUGAGAAGAACAGACGGAGUCGUGACGACCUGCUGCAGCUCACCAUUCAGGGCAACUUCCCUGCGUACGAGAGAGUCCUGCUCAGGGAAGCUAAUUUCAAACGGCCCAUUGUCAUUCUGGGUCCUCUUAAUGAUAUUGCCAUGGAGAAGUUGGCCAGAGAGAUGCCUGAUGAAUAUGAGGUGGCAGAGAUGGUUCCUCGCAGUGGAGUAGAGAGCAGCUCCACAGUGAUUAAACUGGACACAGUGAGGAGAAUAGCAGAGAAGGACAAGCACCCCCUGCUGGACAUCACUCCCACUGCAGUGGAGAGGCUCAACUACAUUCAGUACCAUCCCAUGGUGCUUUUCUUGGAUCCUCACAGCCGCAAAGAUGUCAAGUCCAUGAGGCAGAAGUACAACCCCAACUCCAACAAGAGCUCCAGGCGUCUUUACUCUCAGGCCUUGAAGAUGAGAAAACACUGCAGCCAUCUUUUCUCAGCUCGUAUUGACCUCAUGCCUGGCUCAAACAGCUGGUACGAGAGCCUGAAGGAAAAGAUCCGCCACCAACAGUCCAAACCCGUCUGGGUGUCUGAAGUCACGUUGGAGAGUGGACAGGACCAGGAUCUUGAUGCUUUAGACCAAAACCAGACUGACUACCUGAGUGCUGCCAGUGACCUGGAGGACACUGAUGGGGAGGCCUUAACUGAUGAUGCCUACACGGACAACGAGGAUGUGGAAGAGGCCUAUCCCGGUCAGGAAGCCGCCAGACACCUGCAGAGCCACCGGGAGGCUGGAGCCGCUUUGGCCCGAUCGUCUGAGCCGGCCUUCAGGCAUGACGGGCAGUCAGCAGAAGCUGAGGCCAGCGAUGACACGUAUUCAGAAAGAGAGCUCCCUCCUUUGAUGCACGUGCCUGAGCCCAGGUCACCCCGCCAUAGAUCACCUCAAACACCGGAAGAGGAAGAAGAAGAGGAAGACGCAUCUCAGCGCAGUUUUUCAGACUCGGACUUCAAUAUUGACUUUGAACCGCACUCUCCCUCAGAUGGACCUCCAGAUUUUGUAGCCCCUGACCCCAUGGCUCGAUACGCAGUGGAUGAGCCUCCAUACGCCGAGGAGCAGCCUGAGAGCUCACGACAUGCUAGCCUGUCUGCUAUAGAAGACAAACUAGAAAAGACACGGAUGGCAGAGCCGCAGGCAGUGACUGAGGUGAAGAAAGGCCCUGCGUUCAUUGUUUUGGCGCAUCACCACCAAGCAGUCCAGUACAGACGCACACAGAUCCGGGGCAGUGAUAGCUCUGAGGAUGAGGAUGAGGUGGUGGUGGACGAAGAGGAUGACAUGGAAUGGGGUCCUGCUACUGAACUCUAGACAACGCUGAGGAUUAAACCGACUGACAAACACAGACGUUGUGAUGCUUUUUCUCCUUUAAGAAAAGCUUGUUUCUUAGAUUUUUAUUUGUUUUUAUAAAGAGUGCCUUGUUUGGUGUGGAAGAAUGAUUAACGACUACUACAACAAAUUUAUUCC